UCUCUCUCGACUUGAUAGAUACUCGCCCUCGGCGACCUCUCAUUCCUACCUAAUUAGACAUUCGUUCGCAUAUGAGAGCCCCUAAUCGAUCCCAAUCCCUUUCCCAAUUUUCUUUCUUGGGGCAAUCAUGAUCUCUUUAUCAAAAGCAUCCUUGGGCGCCGCCCUUGUCAGCCUAUCCACCCUCUUGGCUGAACAAGCAUCUGCCGCACCCACGGCCGCGGCCGGACUAUUCUUCAUGUGGGAUGUCUUGGAGCCCAAAGAGCCUUCAAUAGCCCGGGACUUCCCAGACCCAGCAAUUAUCCAAGGCGGGGACGGCUGGUAUGCCUUCGCAACAAGGCCGAUCGGCGGGAGCCAGAGGAACGUCCAGUGGGCAAAGGCAACAGACCCUGAAGGCCCAUGGACUUAUAUUGACUCAGACCUCUUGCCUUCGGCGGGCGCGUGGCAGGACAACAACAACGUCUGGGCCCCAGACGUUCGCCAGUUGGCCGAUGGGACGUACGUCAUGUACUACGCGGCGCAGCUGCUUAAUAGCACACACCACUGCAUCGGAGCGGCCACCGCGGCAGACGUCGAAGGGCCGUGGACAGCCAAGGACGAGCCAUGGGUUUGUGACCUCGAACAGGGCGGGUCGAUUGACCCUUCCGGAUUUUACGACGAAGAGACAGGCCGGCGGUUCGUCGUGUACAAGAUCGACGGUAAUUCGAUCGGGAGCGGGGGUAAUUGCAACAACGGCGUGAAGCCGAUUGUGCCCACGCCCAUCAUGCUCCAGGAGGUCGGCCCGGACGGCAUCACGCUCAUCGGCUCGGCGACCCAGAUCCUGGACCGGACUGCCGCUGAUGGGCCCCUGGUCGAGGCACCGAACCUGAUCAAGACGGAGGAAGGCUCGUAUGCGCUCUUCUACUCGAGCUGGUGCUACACCGACCCGAGGUACGAUGUCAAGUACGUGCUCUCCAAGUCGGUGGAGGGCCCAUACAAGAGGACGAGAUCACCGUCGCUGGUGGAGACGAGUAAUUUUGGCCUGACGUCGCCCGGGGGCGCAACGAGCAUCGAGGGCGGCGGGCUGAUGGUGUUUCACGCCAACUGCGAUGUCGAGGCCGGGGCACGAUGCAUGUACACUGCCAAUUUUACGGUGACUGGCACCAACGUGCUCGUCAACUGAUCGGCCUGGCUGCCAGUCUGUCCGGCUUGGUCCGCAGUGUUGGCAUCUUGGAUACGAUACUCGCAUUCGCAUGGGCGUUGGCAUUGGGAUUGGCGUUGUUGGGCAUUUGCAAGAGAUUUCCACUAUUGUGUCAAAGGGCGAGGGAAGCGUCAUGCUGCCCUAAUGAACCUGGUAAAGAUGUAAUGACAGUGAUGAGUGGCGUUCAGGUUUCGGGGACAGGGACAUGGUACUGAUCGCCUUCACCGGCAUGGAUCGGGGCAUAAUGAGCGGUGGCGUAUUCGGAAAACAGCAGAAUUGGCCGAGCCGGGAGCUUAAUCUUUGGGUUGGGGGCUUUGGACGGAACGUGCUUGAAAUACCCGUGAACCACAUGCUACCUAGAAACACAUCGUGAUUAUUAGAAAUACGCAUAGAUCUCUCCCAGUCAGCCUCGCGGAACGCAUGACGUCGAUGAAGCAGCGUGUCGUUGCUCCUGUGUCGAAUCGUUUUCCUGCCGCCCGCAGCAGCACCAGGAAGGGAUCAGCCAGAAGAAAGCCCAUUCAAAUAUGAGAGGCAGGGUGUUCCCCAGAAAAGAGCUGUGCCAUCUUGAAGAUGAGGUGGGGUUCGGCACGGGUUGC